ACGAGCAAGAAUGCAGUCUUAGAUUGCUGUGGACAGGGAGGCGGCCAAGGUAAUCAAUCUUCUGAUCGCGUAGGGGAGAAGGCAGUGGGCGAGGAGGAGGCGAGUGCACGGGUGCCACAUUGCUCAGAAUGCAUGCGCGCUUCCUACGCAACGAUGAUGAUGUGGUGUGAGCCGCGGGGACGGGGCAGCGACAAAUGAAAAUGCACGCAACGUGGAAUGGGGGCAAAACGUUACAAUCAAGGUGCCCUUUUGCGUCUGUCUGUCCUUGUCUCUUGACUCUGAAGGAAUUGAAUCCACCACCACGGUAAGGGCUUUCUGUACGAUUUUGUCGCUGGGACUUGUGAUAUGAUAAGGAUAAGGCGCGAAGGGUGGCUCAAAAAAAUUGAUCUUGCAUCGAUGAUGACCGCAAUCUGGACGUUGAUGCAUUGGUCGAGAGAAAAUGGAUGGUAGGUAAUUAUAGGAAAGAAUGCAUUUCACAUUAACGUGAUUCUAACGAGGAGAGAUCUUCAGGCGACCUUGACGUUGGGCUAAGACGGUCGGUUGGUCGGGCACUUAUGUGAAUGUUGUUUUCUGUUGUGGAUUGACGGGUUUCAUGGAGGGGCGACAAUGGAAGAAGAUGCAUGACAGGGAACCUUGUUGUGCAGUUGUGGGACGCGAGGCACAAUUCGGCACUGACUGGGGAAGCAAAAAAAACUGCAGGCCCAGAUUGCAGGAAUGCAGGGUCAGAACAGCCACCCCCUUCCUGUGAGUUGGGGGAUUGGGGUGGUGGUCCGUCUUCUUGCUGUUGUCCUUCAGGACAUCCGUUGAAGUUGGAACGAUACAGAGAUGAUUAGCAUGCCCCCUGCACAAGGAUGACACGCAUAAAUCGAGAAAUGGUCCUUUUUCUUGCUGUUAGAAAGCAUACAUCCUUAUGGAUGCGGCUGCAAUCCUUCUCCUUCUUCUUGCUGUGAGGAAGCAACUUUCAGCCUUGUAGAGCCAAUCGAAUUGGCUUCCUUGUAAUCCAAUCAAAUUGCCGGCCUUGCCUGUCGCCUGAGACUUGCAUUGGCCGCCUGAUUGUGCGGUGGGGUUAGACGUGCAGGCCUGAUGUGCAGGGAAUGGUUACGGGGUUGCAAUCUUUGGGUGGAUUGUAUGUCAACAAGGGAGCAGCAGUUCGAGGGGGAUUAUUAGCAGUUGGCGGCCUUGCUUAUUGCCUGCGACUGUAUUCAUUAUUUGCCCGAUGGUGCUGGCUAAUAGAUGUGCUGGAGGGCUUAAUGCACACAGGAAUUUGAUUUGAUUGUUUUGCAACUCUGCAUUGAUUUUAUGUCAACAAGGGAGCAGCAGUUUGCAGGGUCAGCAAUUAAUUGACAGCCUUGCUUGUCGCCUGCGGCUAUUUGUUUACAUUUAUGUAACUUAAUUAGUCUACCUAUUGUAGCUUCUCGAUUGCCUUGAUCGUGCUGGCAAGAUGUGAAGUGCCUGAUGCACACAGGAAAUUGAUUUGAUUGGUUUGCAACUUUGCAUGGAUUUGAUGUCAACAAGGGAGUGGCGCUUUGUGGAGUUAGCAGUAGUUUAAUUAAUUAAGGGGGGGGGGGGGGGGGGGGGGGGGGGGGGGGGGNGAGAGAGAGAGAGAGAGAGAGAGAGAGAGAGAGAGAGAGAGAGAGAGAGAGAGAGAGAGAUGUAACUGGUGAAGGGAAAGAGAGGUUGAGCGGAAGUGGAAGCGAAAGGAGUGAAAGCGGCAGGAGACAGACAACACAUACGUCCAUACAUACAUACAUACAUAAAGGAGAAAAGAGUAGCUGAAUUGAGAUGGGGCUGACCUACUUCUAUUCGGUGUUUGGGAUUCUGUCAGUGAUCUGCUUUUUUCUUGAGACGACAAAGACUCCAGAGGAUAAGAUUUCUACCUCAAGUGUUUUCAAUUCUUUCAAGAACAAUUAUAUAUUUGUGUACUGCCUGAUGAUGGCAGGAGAUUGGCUUCAGGGACCAUAUGUCUAUGCUCUCUACCAGUAUUACAACUAUGACCGUGGAGAUAUCGGGCGUCUGUUCAUUGCAGGCUUUGGAUCGUCCAUGGUGUUUGGUACGGUUGUCGGUUCGCUCGCGGAUAAGCAUGGCCGGAAGGCUGCCAGCAUCACAUAUUGCAUAACGUACAUUCUUAGUUGCUUCACGAAACACUCGUCGAAAUAUGGGUGGUUGCUGUUAGGCAGAGUGUUGGGGGGUAUCUCAACGUCGCUGCUGUUCUCAGCGUUUGAAUCGUGGCUGGUGUCAGAGCACAUAAAGCGUGGAUUCGAACCUAAUUGGCUGUCAGUGAGCUUUUCAAAGGCUAUAUUUCUUGGGAAUGGACUGGUUGCAAUAUUUUCCGGGCUACUGGCAAAUACACUGGUUGUGGAUGCGGGACUGGGACCCGUUGCGCCAUUCGAUGCGGCUGUGUGCGUUCUCGCCAUCGGGAUGACAAUCAUUGCGUUUACAUGGACAGAAAACUAUGGCGACCCUUCCGAGGGGAAGAACUUGAUUCGGCAGUUUGCUACGGCAGCCAAGCUCAUUGCGGCAGAUGAGAAGAUUGCUCUUCUCGGUGCGAUUCAGUCCCUUUUCGAAAGCUCGAUGUACACUUUUAUCUUUCUCUGGACACCGGCUCUGGGUUCUGAAACGAAGUUUGGAUUAGAAAUUCCCCACGGCUUUGUAUUUGCGACCUUCAUGCUUGCCUCCAUGAUUGGAAGCUCCCUUGCUUCCAGGCUACUCGCCAGGCCAUUCCUUAGAGUCGAAAGGUACAUGCAGUUUGUCUUUCUUGUCGCAUCCGCGUCUCUACUUCUCCCAACGUACGCUGGAUACUUCGACGAGCACAGCAACAAUGUUGCGGCUGAAAUCGCCGCUGACGGUAUUAGCCCCGGUGGCAGAAUUCAGAUGGCUGGUUUUCUGAUCUUCGAAGUGUGUGUCGGAAUUUUCUGGCCGUCGAUGAUGAAGAUGCGCAGUGAUUACGUCCCUGAGGAAUCGCGAUCCACAAUUAUGAAUUUUUUCCGAAUCCCGCUGAACAUGUUUGUGUGCAUUGUGCUGUACAAUGUGAGCGUUUUCCCGAUCAGUUCGAUGUUUGCGACGUGCGCCGCUCUUCUGGUUGCCGCGGCUCUUCUGACACGCCGUCUUCUUGUCCUUUCGACCACCGACAAGGCACGCUCAAGGAUCGAGCAGUGGAGAGCAGAAGCGAAACAUCAGCGUGUAAUUGCUGCCGAAUUAGCAAUUUAAAGGAGCAUGUGAGACAUAGCAGAGCUUUAGCGAUCGGGACUGGUGAUGCAUGCAUAUGUCUCUCUGCCUACCUUCAUCUCCUUGUUGUUUGUUUUUUUUCUUUUUGUCUUGUCCGAUUUGUGGCAAGCAUUUGCCAAGCCGUGGACGGGAAUGUGUCCCUCUCGAAGAGUAUGCGUAGGGUUUCCCGUUUCAUUGUUUCCUCCUUUUGUUCUCCCGAAUAAGAACAUGUUCCAUACAAUUUCAUCUGGUGCAAGUUAUUUGUGGGCUUGAGGAUGAGUGGAUUCUUACAGUUGAAACGUUGCAAUUUGGGUCACAGGCGUGAACGGCUGAUUUGCUGUGUGACAUCUAUUCAUCUCCUAAUCUGCGGCGGACCCACAAGGUGGCGAAGAUGGCAGGUAAUGUUCGCACACAGCGAAGAUUGUUUUCUUGUUUGCUAGUUUUACCGUAGAGGGUCCUGGGCACAGGAUGUGCAGUAAUGGUGCCACCGUGCUUGUUCUCUCUACCAGUCAGUUCAGCAGAGUUUUUGUUUUUAACUUUGACUGCACGGGUUGCCACUUCUAUUUAUCCCUGGUUUAAACCUCCAGUACACGGCCCCAGCCUUGUGGAGAAUCGUUCGUCACGUACUCCAAAAAAGUUGGAGCCCGCGCGCCGUCGAUAAAAUACAUCGGCGACC